AUGUCUGUCUGUCUGUCUGUCUAUCUAUCACAUGAUCAUAAUAUUUCUUUUUCGUUGGAAAUAUAUGAUAUGAUUAUUGAUGAUCUAUCAACAACCAAAGUGAUUGGAUUCUUCUUGACUCAAACUAAACCUCCACCAUCUUAA